UACCUACUCCCAACAGAUCGUGCGACACACACGCAGGCAUUCCAUCUCCUUUCCUCUUGACAGAAUCGUGACAUAGCUCCCACAAGGAGGUCUCUGCUAGAAACCGCCUGUGCAUCGUCUUCUGUCAAUCCACUAGCACGCUUUAUUGUCGGACAUUGACUUUCCUGAUGAAUGGUUUGAUGCUAAUCUGAUUCUUUGCCAUGUCGCAAGUCGCAGCAGCACUGGGCCACGAGCCAGCCUGCGCUGUCACCGCCGCCUCGGCCGCUGCGACUUCUGCACUGACAAAUUCUGAGCACGACGAACUUCGCGAGUAUAACAAGAUCAUUCAAUUUCGCGAUACAGUAGUGUCGGGGAAGCACCCGCGUAUAAAAGUGCCGGCGUCAUUCGUGGUCAAAAAUGGCCCUGCUUCUCAGCCACCGUCAUCCAACGCGCCUGAGCGUAUAACCCAACCAUCCGCACACCUCUCCAUAAACAACAAUGUCGCUGAUGGUCGCUCACUGGGCAAUAUGCUGUCGUUUAAAGCUAACUCACAGCAACCAGCCGUAACUGUUCCCCCAGCCGGUUCUACCCCAUUCAUCCCAGGAGUUUCAAGACCUCUUGGGCCUGGAAAGCCAGAGAUUGACCCUGUUUUACUGCAGAAAUCUGAUGGUCUCGUCAAGGCCGAGAUCCAGAUCCAGAGACAGCGUCUCGAGAAAAUGCUUAGAGAUCAGGUUGAAGAGCGGAAGGGUAUAGUCCGAGGCAAUCUUCAAGCCGAACAGCUGCCUGAACUUGACAUCUCAGAUAUCUUAGCCAAGGCCCUGACACUUGUACAGGCCACCGCGCCACCAGCUAUGUCUAGUUUGCCUAGCCCUACUGCUAAUGUUUCUGAUGCCAGUGACUCGUUCGAUGAGAAUACAUUCUAUUCUAGUCAGCAUAAUACGCCCGAGUCGCGGCCUUCAGUUCCAGCCCGCAACGCAUUAGAGAAUGCACAAUUGCAGGGUCAUUCCACACCCGCACACCAGAUAGCCAGCCACGCGCCUCCACCCGUACCGCUGACCUCCCAAUCCUUGCCUACACCCAUCAACCAUCAACCCCAAACGAACAUCGCUCGUAGUAUUGCCCAGGGGCAGACUGUGGGUGCUCAGAACAUACAUCCGGUGGGGCCAGUCGGACAAGCGCAGGGCCGAGACAUGAUUAGCACAUCGAAAAAAGCGACGCAGAACCCGUUGCAACAAGGCCACCAUAAAGAACAGUUGGAAACGCAGCUCAUCAGCUCAGACAGCCAGGAUGCUAGUCGAUCCGAUAAUUCUGGUAACACAGACUCAGAGCAGUCUGCUGAACAACAUGGUUUGCAGAAUCAAACUCAGCUUGUGCCUAACCCCAACUUUAGACAACAUGAACAGCCGUUGAUUCGAGGCCACAAUCUCUCGCCUUUUGCUCCACAGCCUGCCCAUGUCUCGCCAUUAGUGGUGGCCCGGCAGCCACAUAUACGUGAAUCCGAUCCUAGUGCUUUGCAAAGAGUACCGGCUCAAGUAACAGCCCUGAGACAGGAGCAUGCAGUUGUGAUCAGUCCUGAGAGUUCUCCACAGGGUGACAAAGGACCUAAGAAGAAAAACAAUAGGAAGAAAAAUAAAAGAAAGGCUGAUGCAAGGGCUCAAGAAACUCAGGGGUCUCCUAAUAUCAAGCCUGAACCCAGGUCACCCUCCCCUCUUACAGCACCUCCACUCAUUCGUCCUCAGAAACGACCUCGAAGGUUGGGUAGACAAGAACCUGAGAUAAUCUAUGAUGACCCAAUACUUGAGCGUCCGAGCUCGCAAUUACAACCAGAGCGUUAUCCACCAGCAGCUAUACAUGUUGAGAGGGUGCCUCAAGACUACGAAGGAGUGGACGAUCCAUACUCCCGACAGGUACGUCCCUCAGUGGCACCAGUCGCCCACAGGCUAGAGUCGCCUUUGUAUGAGGAAAGACGGCCUGAUGGAAGUAUCGUACGCUAUGUUCGCCAUGUUGCCAGUCCUGCAGGGUAUCUCGAUUCCUAUGGCGCAGCUGAUUCUCGUCCUCUGCACACAUCAUCUUACACAGUUGCAAAUCCUGAUGUGCGAGAAGUCCCUACGUACCAUCGUGAGGGGCGGAUGAGUGUACGACCCUACCCCGACCGCGCUAGAUCCCGAUCGCCAAUAAUUGUAGAAAGACGUUCCUCUGCCAUGCCUCCUCCGUCCGCACCUCCACGUCGAAUUGUAAUUGAUGAGUACGGCCGCGAAUAUCUCGAACCUGUUCGUACCCCUGUGUCUCGGCAGUCCGUGGUGCCUCCCACUAGACCUGGAGAUCAUGAAAUUGUGUAUGAGAGGGCCCCAAUUCGAGCCACGUCCCGUGUUCCAGCACCGGAAAUUAUAGGGGAAGAUGGAGUGAUCUACCGACGAGCAUCGCCAGGCUACGCGCCACGGCGUGUUAUUACUCAGCCAGAAUACGGCUCAGGGUUUAGGACUUAUAGAGAACGAGAUUAUCCAAUGCAGCCCAUGGCACCUCCCAGUCAAGACUUCGUUCAGAUUCGUGGGGUUCCGGAACACCGCCUUGCAGAACACUUGCCUCGCGAAUUUCUUUCUCGCGCAGCUAGCGUGAGACCGGUGGAAUCAGUACCUUAUGAACGCCUUGCCAGCACCCGUCCUGAUCGACAGUAUGCGGCCAGUGUGCAUCCUGAUGCAAGGAGGGAAAUCGCUCCACACGUAGGUGCUGAUUAUAGUAUCCGGCCAACUGAGAUGGAUAUCCCGCAACGUUCCUAUAGUGUUAGACCGGUGGAGAGGUUUUACGAGCAACCACCCCCACGAGAAGGUGACAUCACAUAUGUUGAAAGACCUCGUGCUGCACACCAGGAAGUCAUUUACCCUGGAAAUGGUGCCUCAAGGCAAGUGUACCAGUAGAAUGGGUAUCCGCUUCUAAGUAUUGCGUGGAGUUUUGGGACUUAGUAUUGUAAGGAUGGUUUGAUGGAGUUAAACCACGCGAUAGUUUCUGCGUUUGUACGGUGAUACGAGGUACAGGACUGUGUCUUUUAGUCCCUCUAGAAUUGGCGAAGCAUUAAUGAGACCUUUACUAUAACUUCAACGUGGUAUGGCCGUGAACGGCUAAUGUGCAAAGUGGGAGUAUUCGUUUGUCCGAAUAGAUAAAAAUCAGUUAAACUCG